AUGGUCCCAUUCUCGCCGAUGGUGAAUAUUGAUGGAUUAGCCAAUGACUACACGGACAACCUCUACACAUACGCCCCCAGGCCGAGUUGCUCCAGUUUCAACAGGGAUUGUGGAUCAAGGUGGGUGUAG